CAUCGCAAAGAGAAUAAACAAGUAUUGCUUCUAUUUGAUUUGACACUGUAGGUUGUCAGAUAUAACAGGUAGUGUUUAGAUAACGAGUGGAGAGAUAGAACAUCUGCUACAUGUACAUCAUUUAGAUUCCUGAUUACAAAGAGCGCCAUUGGGUAGCCUACACAAGCAACCUUUAUCUCAAAGGAAUGAAGGAAAAUGUCAUAUGACAAUCUUAAUUAGGUUUUAGCCAACUAUAAAUACAGGCAUUCUAAACAUCUGAGUCAUACCCAUCGUUGGACCUCCAAACCCGGUGAGGCUACAGGUGUUUAUCACAGACCAUUCGUGUGACUGCUGAUAAGAUUUCACCAUGGCUGUCUAUUCAUCUUUGUGGUUGACUAUGGCCGCACUAGUGGUGACGUGUGUCAGAGCAGAGUUGUCUACAGCGAUGCCGGAAGAGGAAGCGCUUGUACUUGACGUCAUCAUUGAGGCCCCCAAGGAAGCCGUGUACUUCUUGUUUGAUAUCAAGGGUACACAACUCACUAGCGAUGGUAUUAACAAAGCUUUUGAAGGACGUCCCGUAAUCUACAAAUUCAAGGUGUUGGGAGGUCAGCGCGUUAUUGUCGUCUUGAGAAGCGCGCCUGGUGACCGCGCUGCACUGAGGGACCUUGUCAUCCCCCAGGCCACAGAGGUGGAGGUGUUCAUGGCCGAGUCCCUAAGCGAUUUUGUUCUUUACGACGAUGUGGUGGGUCUACAGGACAAAGCGCCUUUACAUCUGGAGGAUGAGAACCUGUACAUGUCUGAAUUCACCCUACGGGGAGAGGGAAUGAACUUGACCGUGUUUAAAAACAACCUCAAGGAGUUCUUCAGAUCGACACUUGCAUCCAACUUCUUUGAUGCGCGCGAUUAUCAUCUUAACGGGUUCCUUCCCUUUACAUGCAUCUCGUUUUUCCGCCUGGUCCCUCACCGACUGGAUAGAGCCUUUCUAGAAGUAUCAGACUUCCUUGGCGGUCCUUACCAGGUAGAAGUAAGGACACGACCCAUCGUCAAUAUCUGAAGUCUUCAUAUCUACGAACUCUGAAAAAUGAGUUUAGCAUGUGUUAGAUGCUUUAAAAUAAAAUAAAGCAAAA